CUGCGAGGGCCGGGGAGAGCGGCGCCGCUUUGCCUCUACGGAGCCCCGCGCCGGGCAUGGAGGAGCCUCCGGGCCGAGUCACCCUGAACGUGGGCGGGCUCCGUUACCGCCCCAGCCGCGCCACCCUGGCCGCCUUCCCGGGCACCAAGCUGGGCGGGCUGGUGGAGCCCGGGGCGGCGGCCCGCUUCGCCUACGACGCCCGCGCCGGCGAGUUCUUCUUCGACCGCAGCGGCCGCCUCUUUGAGCAGGUGCUGCACCUGUGCCGCAGCGGCCACCUGCACGGCCCCGCCGCCUGCCGCGCCGCGCUGCGGGCCGAGCUGGCCUUCUGGGGGCUGGCGGAGGCGCGGCUGCCCGCCUGCUGCUGGAGGAAGCUCUGCCCCGACGACCCCGACCAGGAGCCCGAGGAGGAGGGCGGCGGAGAGGACCGGCGCGGCCUGCUGGAGCGGGGUCCGCGCGGGCCGGCCGGCCGGUGGGCGCCGUGGGCCUGGGCUCUCCUGGAGGAGCCGCGCUCGUCGGCCUGGGCCACGGGCUUUGCAGUCAUGUCCCUGCUGGUCAACGUUGCCCUCAUCAUCAUCCUUUGUGCCAAAGGAGGCCAACGUGAAGACUUCUUUGAACACCACAACUUCACCCACAUCCACCACCCCUCAAUGGAGUUGUUGUGUCCACAAAUACCUUCUCUCCUCCAUCUGGAGCUCUUCUUCAUUCUCUGCUUCAUGUGUGAAUUUGUCAUCCGGCUCGUUUCCUGCCCAGACAGAAAGAAAUUCUUUCGAAAGCCCCUGAAUGUGGUCGAUUUCUUGGCGCUUUUCCCAGUUUGCCUGGACCUCUUUUUCAGUCGACGUGGACACCAGCCUGGAGCUCUGCCGUGUUGGCUGAACUUGUCCCGUGUGGUCUAUAUCAUCAAACUCUUGAAGGUCUUCAAGCUGCUGGAGACCCCGCUGAUGCUGAGGGUCUUCCCCUACAUGUUCAAGUCCGUCUUGAAGGAGAUUGCCAUCCUGAUGUGGGUUUUCCUUUUCGAAAUCCUUUUCUUUGGCACCCUCAUAUUGUUUGCCAGCUUGAUCAAGGAGCACCCGAAUAGACCGUUUGAUGACAUCUUCUUGUCCUUCUGGUGGGCUGUGAUCACCUUGACCACCAUCGGCUAUGGCGAUAUAUAUCCCAUCCAGACAGCUGGCAAAAUGGUUGCGGCCUUUGCGGGGCUUUGUGGCCUGCUAACCAUCAUCAUCCCCAUUCCCAUCUUUUUCAUAAAAUUCAAGCAUUCUUAUACUUCCGCUGUAAUUAAGGAGAAGAGGAGGAGAGAAGAGAAGGCAACGCCAACUAUGACAUCCUCAGAAGUCUAAUGCAGUGACGGAGGCUUUUAUUUUGGGGAGGAAAGCCCUUUCCCUUCCACACCGCCCUGCAGAACGUCCAGCCCAAUUCAGUGGGAUGGUCCCACGCUGCUUCUCUUGCUGACCUUCGUCCCUGCCGGGUCCCCCUGCUGCUCUGGCCUGUUUUGCCUUUGAGAUGAGUGUAUCGGGCUCUGCCACGUUGCAACGGCAGCUCUUCGUCCUUCGGAGAGGCAUUCCAGAAAGCAGCCUGUAAACGACCCCCGCAGCAACAUCACAAAUCAGGUUUCUUAUGGUUUCCACUUCCAUUCCGAUGAAUCCCUGGCAGGGUGGAUUUGAUUUAAAUCGAGUUGAUUUAAAUCAUGAUUUAAAUCACUAGUAAAAAGGCUUGAUUUAAAUCAACUCGAUUUAAAUCAUAAUUUUUAAAGAGCAACUGUCAUCUUUGCUACUCCUUUGACCCACUGUUGACUCACCGAUAGUCCCAGUGUUGCAGAAUAUACAGCCUCGUGCUACAUAACUCAGCUCCAUUUCAUGCUGAAUAAACUAAAUUAUUUAUGUAUCUUAAAUAGAAAACUAUCUUACGAUAGAUUUUUACCCCAAAAGUUUUUUAUUAAAAUAAAUUCAAUAAAAAUCAAAAAAAUCUGAUUUAAAUCAAAAAAAUCUGAUCUUUUUGAUUUUUUUAAAAAAAAUCAUUGAUAUUUAUCCACCCUGAUCCCUGGCAAACCCUUUACUGUCUCCCAGUCUGAGUUUCCUUCCGGUCGUCUUGAUGCCCUUGUGCCAUUUUGCAGUGCCAGACGUCCCCUCGGACACCUUGGAGCCUAGGCAAGGGCUGGGCUGCUCCACUGUUCCAGAGAACCGAAAAAACCACCUCUCUACCACCCCCGUGCGAGAGUCAGGACACUCCGAAGCUCCCCUGCCCAUUCCUGGCAAGGCAGGCCCAAUGAAUUACGCAACUAGUAGUAAUGCAACUCUUUGGGCUGCCCAAAAUUUAUGUUCCGCUCCCGGCUCAAGGACACGCCUGCUCCCUCCCUUGGUCCUCCUGAAAGAGGUGCGUGGGGAGAAUGAAAGGGCUCCUCUGGGUCAGGCUAUGAAGGUGCUGGCCCUCCAGAAUUUUGCCUAGCUGGCCAAGGCUUUCUGUCCAUGGGACAGCUUCCCCAGCCCCAGGGAGGCUGCCUUUCUCUGCCUAGGGCAGCCAGAGGGCUCGUGCCAAGCCGCCUUGGCACCAGACAUGCCAGCUGGCCCUUCGGUGCAAGAAUCUUGUUUCACCCUCGGCCACUGAAGCAGUUCUAGCUCUCGCCUUUCCUCUCAUCCCCCUUCCUGCUUAUUUUCUCCUCCCCACCCCCCAACCCAUCCUAACUGCAUGGCCUUCAAAUGACCGUAAUCUCAAGCAAUAAAAGGGAGGUUGGUUUCAAAAGUUUAUUUCCUUGCCUUGAAAUAGCUUCUUUGUGGGUGGAGGAGAGGAGAGCAGUGGUGUUAGUGUUGGGGUGUAGAAAAGCAGGUUUUUUCUUCCAACUAAGAUGCUUUUCUUCAAGUUCAUGUAAAGCGUGGUCCAUAAAAGUCAUCCUGCAGGAACCUCAAACAGGCCUUUGUGAGGCCAUUUGCAGUCUUGACACCUGACGGGCUCCUCCGCCACCCUCAACUUGCUCCCUAGUGGUCCUGCACUGUAUUCACAGGCCACCACCCCCCACCCUCCCCCCCACUGGCGAGGCUAAUCUGCACAGGCACCCAAACUAAGGCCAACCAAAGCUUAGAGGGCUGUGCAGACACUCCUAUAUUUUAACCAGCCUGACUUCACACAGUGUGUAAAAAUAUUGUGCCUGCCCCAAGUAGCUGUGCUAUGCUUGGAAUAGGCAGCAGGAAGUAAAUGAGAGCCCAAGAGAAGUUUGUGGCAUCUCGAAAUGGAGAUUUUUAAUCACAUGGAGAUUUGUAAACUUCUGUGACCUUCUUGAACUCCUCAGCAACUUCAGGCCACCACCUGCAGCAGGGCUUCAGCAGGGUUUCAUACUUGUAAGUCGGUUGUGUCCAUACAAAGCUCAGCCUGCUGGGAUCCCAGAAGUGCCAUUUUAGGGCUCCAGAGAAGAUGCUCUGGGUGUCUCUCAGGUCUAAGACUAAGUAAGUAGCACCUGCUUUCUUCGUCACAUCAAUCUGAAGGAUAAUUCUGUGAACAUGACUGCUCUUUGUUUUUCCUGCUCUGCUUUUAUUUAGCUUGCGCUAUUUACUUGUAUUUGAUGGGGAAAUGUCAACCAUUUACUGUCCUGUGGAAUUUUUCCCCAGCAGCUUCCAAUUUUUUUUUUUUUGGCUGAAAAUUUAAGCUAUGUAACUUUGUAAAACUUCACUAAUUUUAAUGUUUUAGUCAGCCCCAUUUUUCCAAUUAUUCUUUUGAAGAUAGUAGCAAAUUUAUGCAUCAAUGAAAAUAUUUCAGCACUUUAACUAUAUGACAAUAUUUGUUGUAAAACAUUUCCUAAAAUUCUGAUUCAGAAGUUUUAGAAAUACUGAAAUUCAGCUUCCUUUAAAUAAUGCUUUUGCAUUAUACAUCUAUGAUGCUAACUUUUAAACAGCUCAAUUUUAGCUAUUUUUUUUAAUUAAAGUAUCUGAUUGUUACAUAAAAUACAAAUUUCAUAUAAAUUUAAUUAAAAAAUAAAAUAUAGUAAACU